AUGGCGUCUUCAUCCAAACGCUCUAUUCUGAUCACUGGCUGCUCACCAGGUGGGGUUGGCCAUGCUCUCGCCCUCGAAUUUCACUCUCAUGGCAUGCGCGUUUUUGCGACUGCUCGAUCCGCCAGUUCUCUCUCCACGUUAGCAGAGAAAGGCAUCGAAACACAUGAGCUAGACGUGACGAACGCGGAGAGCAUCACAGCGUUAAGAGAUGAGAUUUUCAAGCGGACUGGAGGCAAACUCGAUAUGCUGUUUAACAAUGCUGGCUCAAUGUAUGAAGCUCCGGCAAUCGAAGCCGAUCCUGCGCGUAUACGUGGAAUGUUCGAUACGAACGUUUUUGGCCUGUUCGAUAUGGUCUCCGCGUUUACUCCUCUUCUCCUAGCCUCCACGAUUAAUCCAGCUACGCCGCCAGUCAUCAUCAAUACCUCGUCAGUUCUUGCACGAGUUCCAUAUCCUUUUUCGGCCGCAUACAAUGCCUCGAAAGCAGCCGUGGCUUCUUACAGCGACGCUCUCCGCAUCGAACUUGGCCCACUCGGUAUCAAAGUUGUUACGCUCUUUAUGGGUGAAGUCGCAACAAAUCUCGUGUCUCCUGACAAUAUCUCGUUUGAUCCUGAAAGUAUUUACACCGUUGCGUUAGAGGGUACUAAGGAGCGAGGUCGAAACCAUGUCAGAAACAGCAUGAAGCCAGAAGUGUUUGCCAAACAAGUUGUUCAAGCUAUCUUGGCUAAACAUUCUGGAUAUAGAAAGGGGGACUUCCUGUGGAAGGGGACCAAUGCUUGGUUGAUUUGGUUUUUGAAUUUCCUUGGGUGGAGAUAUAUGCUGAACAACGCCGCUGAAAAGAUGAUCGGCCUCGAUAAAAAAGAAGUCCGAAAGUCUAUUCUUGACAAAGCUAGAAAGCUGUGGACAAAGGAAAAGGUGCAGGAAAUCUAA